AUGCUCUCGCACUUCGCGGAGCUUUGUGCAAAAUCAAACCAGCGCUAUCUCACGAUUUUGAUUCCGUUCAGCGACUUUGAAUUCUUCGACACAUCGCCCAUUACCGACGAAAUGGUGAGCACCAUCCCGCCUUCACGGCAGGGAGCCACGGCACGCGGACAGAACUCCACCCAGCAGGCUGACCAGAACUCCGGCGACAAUGCCGGCAAGGACAAGUCUGGCAACCCCAUGCGCGAGCUCCGCAUCUCCAAGCUCGUCCUGAACAUCUCGGUCGGUGAGUCGGGUGACAGACUUACUCGUGCCGCCAAGGUUCUCGAGCAGCUGUCUGGUCAGACCNCCGUCUACUCCAAGGCCCGCUACACUGUCCGUACCUUCGGUAUCCGCCGUAACGAGAAGAUCGCCGUCCACGUCACCGUCCGUGGCCCCAAGGCCGAGGAGAUCAUCGAGCGUGGUCUCAAGGUCAAGGAGUACGAGCUCCGCAAGCGCAACUUCUCCGAGACCGGCAACUUCGGCUUCGGUAUCAACGAGCACAUUGAUCUCGGUAUCAAGUACGACCCCGGUAUUGGUAUCUACGGGNAGCGCCCCGGUGAGCGUGUCGCUCGUCGCCGCCGCUGCAAGACCAAGGUUGGUGCCUCUCACCGCAUCAACCAGACCGAGACCGUCAAGUGGUUCAAGAACAGAUUCGAGGGCAUUGUCCGAUAA